GUUUCCCCUCUCCCUUACCCCAAAUAAUUCUAACAUUACCCCUCGUCCCCCAGAAGGCCAGUCCACCCAAGAGAUAAAAAAACAAAAGCUCCUCUUUCAUUUAGGGUUUUGCUUUUUUUUUUUUUUCUUCUUUGUUAUCUAUCAAUCAUGACAGGCAAAGCCAAGCCCAAGAAGCAUACGGCCAAGGAAAUCGCGACCAAGGUCGACGCCGCAACCACCAACCGAGGCGGCGGCAAGGCCGGAUUAGCUGACCGUUCGGGUGUGGAGAAGGGUGGACAUGCCAAGUAUGAGUGUCCUCAUUGCAAAACAACGGCUCCAGAUCUGAAGUCGAUGCAGAUUCAUCAUGAUGCGAAGCAUCCGAAGAUUCCCUUUGAAGAAUCAAAGCUUGUGAAUCGUCAUGCUGGUCAUGUGGCUGAUUGUUCCAAGUCUCGUCCCGGUGUUAGGGGUAGCUUUAAAAAGUAAAAAACAAAAUAUUGUCUUUUUGGUUAAGAUUUGGUGUUUUGGGGAUGUUUUGGAUUCUGGGUUUGGUUCCUUUUUUUUCCUUUUUCCUUUGUCUUUUUAAUUGUUUGUGAUGGUAGUAGAGAUGGGAAAGAGAAAAGGGGGGUUUGGUGAAUGAAGGUUGGAUAUUUUUGUAAGGCCUUCCUUAAUUAUGAUGAUGAUGAUGAUGAUGAUGUAUAUUAAUCCAUCUUGAUUAUGAUGAUGAUGGUGAUGUUAUACCUUCUUUAUUAAUCGUAAUGAAGUAUUUGUGGGAUAUAAGGUUCUUAUCUUGUA